CGGGGCGACCGAAGCCAUUUUAUUAUCAUAACGUUACGAAGUGCAGCAGGUGCAUCACUAUUUGCAAUAGCUACGUUCUCGGCUUUGUGAGACAACGAUGGGCCAGUGUGGAAUCACGUCAUCCAAGACCGUCUUGGUUUUCCUCAAUCUCAUAUUUUGGGCCGCCGCGGGCAUUUUGUGCUACAUCGGCGCCUACGUGUUCAUCACAUACGAUGACUACGACCACUUCUUUGAGGACGUGUACACUUUGAUUCCAGCCAUCAUUAUAAUCGCCGUCGGGACGCUGCUCUUCAUCAUCGGUCUGAUCGGCUGCUGCGCCACGAUACGCGAGAGCUCCUGCGGCCUGGCCACCUUUGCUGCCAUUCUGCUGCUGGUAUUUGUAACAGAGUGUGUGGUGGUGGUGCUCGGCUACAUAUACAGGGCAAAGGUAGAGGACGAGGUGAACCACUCUAUCCAGAAGGUUUACAAUGAAUACAACGGCACCAACACGGACGCUCCCAGUCGCGCUAUAGACUACGUGCAGAGGCAGCUCCACUGCUGCGGCAUUCAUAACUACUCGGAUUGGAGGAACACUCGCUGGUUCAAAGAGUCCAAAAAUAACAGUGUCCCCGUCAGCUGCUGCCAGCCCAACAUCAGCAAUUGCACCGGCACCCUGACCCGACCGGGCGACCUUUACCAAGAGGGUUGUGAAGCUCUGGUUGUGAAGAAGUUAAAGGAGAUCAUGAUGUACGUCAUCUGGGCCGCACUAACGUUUGCGUCAAUACAGAUGCUGGGCAUGCUCUGCGCCUGCGUGGUGCUCUGCAGGCGAAGUCACGACCCGGCGUACGAGCUGCUGGUCACCACCAACAGCUACGCUUGAAGCCAACAUCGGGAAAGGGAGGGUCACACCACUUCACGGUAGAUUUCCGCUGUAGUUGUAUAAUAUAUUUAAAGCAUAUAAGCUCAAGCACACCUUGCACAAUCCGAUAAAGUAGCGAACACUGGCAACGAGUGGGGCUCGAACAGGAAGAACCACCUAUUUAUUAUUAUUGACGUCAUGUUUUGUAAGUUCUUUUUAAUGUGUUUUCUUUUCCCUUCUUCUGCAACACUUUAAAAGCCAAAGUAUUAAUGGCUUUGUUUUGUUUUGUUUUUUUUAAAUUGUGGCUUAUAAAAUAGGCUCAUUCAGUCAGAAUGACCAAGACGCGUAUGUGUUAAGUCAUGGUUGGAAGUGUUGUAUGACAAUGUUGUGCUCUUACGAGAAUUUAGUAGGAACUUGACCAAAAAGUUGCUGGACUAUUUUUACUAGAAGAAAUUGCAUUUUAAAAAAUCUGUUGUUGGAGGCCUAUUUUACAAACAUUUAUUCCCAUAGGAAGUAAUUACAGCUACAACAAUUAAUCAACAUUGAUUAAUCUAUUAUCCAGUUAAUCAACGACUAUUUUGGUAUUUGAUGAUUGAAUUUUUUGUUUCAAAAAUUUAAAUAUCCUUUUGAUGAUUUUUUGUAUUUUUUUAUUUCCUUAGUCAUCCAAGAAAGCAGACCUGUUUAUCUUUGUGUUUUAGGCAAAACAAGAUAUUCACACACAUCAGCUUUGACUUUGGAAAACAGUGAUCCACAUUUUUGCCUUUUUUCUGAAAUGUUGCGGACCAAACCACUAACUUGUUUAUGUUUGGUUCAUUUUGACCAGGUCCGUCUAGGGCCUAACUGAUUACUCAAUUAAUCGAAACAAGAUUCAGAUUAAUCGACCAAGAAAAUAAUUGUUAGUUGCAGCCCUAGAAGUAAUGGAAAUAGAAAUAAUCCAAUCCAGGGUCACACUGUCGCCAUAAAACUUUCAAUAACUGUUUAAAAUUGUUACAUUAACUAUCCUACAAUGGUAAAAAGGCGUUGAUUAAAAAAUAAAAGCCAGGACGCUAGCCUAGUUGAGGUCUCGCGAGAUUUGUUCACGUCUCGUCUUGACGUUAUAUCACAAAUACUGGCGACAAAUUGUGAAAUUACUGAUAUGAUGUAGCAUUCGAAUUGAGAGGUUUCACUGAAUUUGACCAUGAAGGCAAACAUUCAUAAUAAAACGUUUGAUUAGGUUAAAUGAAAUGGUGUCUAUUCUACUAAUUGCAGUACGUUACAUUUCAUACAGAAACAAAAUCCUACUAAGUGCUGGUGAGAAGAGGCUUUGUGUGGAAUGUAUUUCCUUAUAUGAUACUUUGUACCGUGAUUCAGCUUUGGUUGUUUUGAGGCAAAGCUAUAGAAAAAUGUCACCCACCCUUCCCAAGAAGUCACAUUUCAACUCUUUUUUCCAUUUGAUUUUCCUGCUGUGAAUUUCCUUCUGAAUUCGCUUCACUGUUGAAGCACUGUGAAUAUACGAGGCCGUGUGAGCCAGUCACCAGUGUUGUCAGUGGGUGUAUUAUCAGUGUUAUGUGCACCAUUGGGUCCAUUUCGUCUGUUGAGUCAUAUGCCCACUAGGAAGAAUGACUUCUUUUUUAUAUAUAUAUAUAUAUAUAUAUAUAUAUAUAUAUAUAUAUAUAUAUAUAUAUAUAUUGUGGGUGUGUGAAAUUGUGAUGUUUUCGUUCUUUAAUUUGACCUGUUACAUAUAUGGACCCCAAAAUAUUUCCGUGGGAGCUGUGAGGAAAGGGGAGAUGAAUAAAAUUAUAAAUUUGAUUUGAAUAGCAAACAAAUAAAGUCAUGCAUUUCAACGUGACUGCUCCUCAUUUGACACUGUGUACUUUAUUUUUUAAUGCGUAUUUAAAGCACAGGGGUUUUCAAAGGGUGAGGCAGUCCUCCUCUGGGAGGCGCCAGGAGACGCCAGGGGAGAUGCAGCAGCUUGAGAAAAAUAAAGAAAACGUCUUCUUCAAACCUGCUAAGCUGAUUUCAGUCCAAAGGUCAAAAUGGAUGUAUUUUUUAAUUCCUUACACUGAGAGAGUAAACAGAGUCUGAGUGAGCAGAAAACAUAACAAAAUAUAAACAGAGGUGUAGAUGAGGCCCUAAUUGUAAUAUAUUCUCAGUGCCACGCUUUGAAAACUACCAGGACUUAAAGAUACAGUAAGGAACAGCAAUGUUAUUCUGCUCCUGUGCACCACCCUGUGGUUGUGGAGUGUAAUUUACCUGUACAGUAUGUCGUCUUCAAACACUAUACAGUCGUCCCUCGCUUGUUGCGGUUCAUUAGUUCCGUACCUUACCGUGAUAGAUGAAUUUCCGCCAAGUAGGAUUCCUUAUUUAUAAAUAAAAUAUUUUCGUAGUUAUAGAAAACCGGUUUACAGCCUUCUAUAUACCCUUUUUUUUUUUUUUUUUAGCAUUAUUAGAGCCACCUAGACAUAGAAUAACACACCUAUAGUCACUUUUACACUCAUAUUACCCGAUAUAGUAGAUAUAGUCAGAGAAAAUAAGCAAUUCAAGACAUAAAUAAGACUUGUGCUUGUGUGUGUUUGAAUACAUUUUUUUCUAGACAUACAGUAUGUACUGGAAGUGACAUUGGUGGUUCAGAGUUGCGUUUUAGCUGUAUGGCCACAACAGUACCCCAUGUUGUUGUUAUUAUUAGGAUUAUUAUUAAGUCUGGUGUGUGUUACUCGUGACACUUUGUGGACAGUGUACACUACAGUUCAUCACAGUCUUUUAAUCUCUUAAACUGUAUUUGUAUUUUCGUUCGUUUAGCCAUUUUUAUGGUUGAAAAUGCUUAAUUUAGGCAAAUAAUACAUAGAAAUGCAUAUUUUUGUCUAAUAAUAGGGCGAAACAGCGGCCAUUUAUUCAUUUAUACAUUUUUUAAAUACUGCCAUAGUGAGGACGUGAUGUUUGAACGGCUAAGUGGCGAGGGCCGACUGUAUUUCCUUAUACAGUGAUGCUCUAAUUCCUUUAAUUUUUUUCAAUCCCUAAUUCUUUAUGGCUCAAAAAGUUUGUUAGCUUUAUGUUUCUCUUUAAACUCCAGUGUAAACUGCAGCUUUACAGAUGCCACGUCUGCUUUGCCAUUGGUGUGUUAUG